GCACUGCAAGGGUGCGGUAAAAAUCCUUGGUAUUAUUAUAUUAUCUUAGUUAUGAAAAUUUAUAUUUCGAAGAUCGGGCAGAACCUCACUUAACCAAAGCGUAUAUCUUUCUGAAUAAAUUUUAAAAGAUGGGAAAAAAAAUUAGAUCUGAAGAGAAGAAGUCCUCCAGCAAAAAGGAGGUUGCUCCUAAGAAGGGAGCAAUCCAAAAGCCAUCUAAAAAUAAAGAUGUAUCCAAGAAGGCUGCUAAGAAAGUUGUCGAAAAAAAGAAAUCCAAAUCUGGUUCUAAAAAGUCCAAGAAGCAAAAAUCUUCUUCUGAAGAAUCUUCUUCUGAGUCUGAAUCCGAGGAGGAAAAGCCUGCUCCCAAGAAGGCCGCAAAGUCUUCAAAGAAGUCCUCUUCUGAAGAAUCCAGUUCUUCUGAGUCCGAAAGCAGCUCCUCUGAGUCUGAAGAAGAAAAGCCUGCUCCCAAGAAAGAUAAAAAGAAGGCAGUAAAGAAGGAGAAGAAGGAAAGCAGCAGUGAGGAGUCUUCUUCUGAAUCCUCUUCCGAGUCUGAAGAAGAAAAGCCUGCUCCCAAGAAGGAGAAGAAGGAAGAAAAGAAAGAGUCGUCUUCCGAUUCUGAUUCUGACUCCGAGUCUGAAGAAGAAAAGAAGGACGAUAAGAAGGAGAAGAAGGAAAGCAGCAGUGAAGAAUCUUCUUCCGAUUCUGAUUCUGAUUCCGACUCCGAGUCUGAGGAAGAAAAGAAGGAAGAUAAGAAGGAGAAGAAGGAGAGCAGCAGUGAAGAGUCCUCUUCCGAUUCUGACUCUUCUUCUGAAUCCGAAUCCUCUUCUGAUAGCGCAUCUUCUGAUUCCAGUGAAAAGAAACGUAAGGCCGAAACUGUUGAAGAAGAGAAGCCUGCAAAGGUUGCUAAGCCCGCUGAUUCUAACGAAUCUUGCACGCUUUUCGUUGGUCGUCUCUCUUGGAAUGUAGAUGACCAAUGGUUGGGUACUGAAUUUGAGGAAUUCGGUACUGUUGUUGGAGCUCGUGUUAUCAUGGAUGGUCAAAGUGGCCGCUCUAAGGGUUAUGGUUACGUUGAUUUUGAAUCUCCCGAGUCUGUAAAGGCCGCUACCGCUGUCAGCGGUCAGAAAGAAAUUGAUGGCCGCGCUGUUAACUUGGAUGUUUCUGCUCCUCGUCCUUCCAAUCCUCAACCUUAUUCUCAACAACGUGCCGGAAAAUUUGGUGAUCAGCUCUCUUCUCCUAGUGACACUGUUUUCGUAGGAAAUCUAUCUUUUAACGUUGCCGAGGAAGAUGUACGUACUGCUUUUGCUACAUGCGGUGAUAUUCAAUCCAUUCGUUUACCCACCGACCCUCAGUCUGGUCGUCUCAAGGGCUUCGGCUACGUUACCUUUUCCGACAUUGACUCUGCUAAGCGCUGCGUUGAAAUGAAUGGUCAUUUCAUUGCUGGACGUCCUUCUCGUCUCGAUUUCUCUACUCCUCGUACUGGAGGUGGAGGCGGAGGCCGUGGUGGCUUCGGCGGUGGUCGUGGUCGCGGCGGUGGUGGCCGUGGAGGUGCUCGUUCUAGUAAUCCUAACCGCGGAUCUGUUACCGAAUUCAGUGGUAACAAGGUUACAUUCGACUAAAGUAUGGGUUUGUGGAAAUGAAUACGAAAAUUAUUUUAUUCCAGAUUCAGCAUAUUUAGCUCCAAAGUUUCAAAUAUAGAACCUUGUUAGUACGGGUUUUAUUAAUUGUGGGAUUUUUUUGGGUUUAUGUCGGUUUUGGUGAGACAUAUAUUUGGGUUCAUGGUUUUUGAAUAAAAAUACAUUUUAUAAUUUUGUAUCUACAACUAUUUAUGGGAAAUGCGAGGAAAUGUUUUGAAGGCUAAUCUUUCAUAUCUGCUAAUGAUAAAAUGGCAUAUAUGAGAAGCGUAUCUCAUUUUUAAUAAAGAGUUGGGAAUGUGUAUCGUAUAAAUACAUACAUAGUAUAAUUUACUUAAACUGUUAUGCUUCUAAAGCUUAUUCAGAUGCCGAUUUGGUGAUACUACUUAGAACAGGUUUUUUGGAGCUAGGGUAAUAUAAUAUGAAUUACAGAAUGAAGGAGGGUACUUUUAAUCAAUAAUGCUGAAACCUAACAUAUCUUAAAAAUAAUCAAAGAUUCCAAGAUCAGCUAAGCGCUUAAACGAAGACUGACAUUCAUUACUGCUUACUGU